CUAAAGGCAAAACUUCACCCAGUACUAAGAGUUUGCUUUUUUGGUUAUUUGGCUUCUAGGCGUAAUAUUAGUAACAUGGUGGCCUUAGGGAACUUUCUUUUAAACAAGCUUUCCUCUCUACCCACACAGUCUUAUUUGAGUCCCUUAGUCAGUCAGUAAGCAUGUUGGAACAGCACCCAGUGCUUUGCAAGGGUUCAUAUUGCAGAAGAGUCACGUAUGGGUAUUUGUAGUUACAGAUACUUGACCAGUCUCCAGGGGUGGGGUUUCCAACCCUUUAAACAACCCUGUUGCCUGUUAUCAAGCUAACUUUUUGCUCUUAGUGCCAGAAUUGAUUUUGGUAAGAACGUCUUUCACUGAGAAACAAAUAAAAUGGAACAUAAUGGGUCUGCUUCAAAUGCUGAUAAAAUCCAGCAGAACCGCCUGUCGCAUGUUACAGAAGAUGAAGACCAAGACGCCGCUCUUACCAUUGUGACUGUCCUGGACAAAGUGGCUGCCAUUGUGGACAGUGUGCAGGCAAGCCAGAAGAGGAUAGAGGAGAGACACAGAGAGAUGGAAAAUGCCAUAAAGUCCGUCCAGAUUGACCUGCUGAAGUUUUCACAGUCACACGGCAACACAAGCUAUGUCAUUAACAAGUUGUUUGAGAAAACCCGAAAGGUCAGUGCUCACAUUAAAGACGUGAAGGCCCGCGUGGAAAAGCAACAAACUCACGUGAAAAAAGUUGAAGCCAAGCAAGAGGAGAUAAUAAAGAAGAACAAAUUCCGUGUGGUAAUAUUCCAGGAGGAGGUUCAGUGUCCCACGUCCCUGUCUGUUGUGAAAGACAGAAGCCUGACCGAGAGUCCAGAGGAGGAGGACGAUGUCUUGGAUCCCCCAGUUGAUCUGUCUUCAGACGAAGAAUAUUAUGUUGAAGAGAGCAGAUCUGCCAGGCUUAGAAAGUCAGGCAAGGAGCGCAUUGAUAAUCUCAAAAAGGCGUUUUCCAAAGAAAACAUGCAGAAGACACGGCAGAAUUUUGACAAGAAAGUGAAUAGGAUUAGGACCAGAAUAGUGACCCCAGAGAGGAGAGAGCGGCUGCGGCAGUCGGGGGAGAGGUUAAGGCAGUCGGGGGAGAGGCUGAAACAGUCAGGGGAAAGGUUUAAGAAAUCUAUUUCUAACGCAGCACCCUCGAGGGAAACUUUUAAGAUGCGUAGCCUUAGGUCGAAGACUAAAGACCGAGCUGUGGCCGAAGGUCGGGAGGAGAUCAGGGAGAUGGGUGUGGACAUCAUUGCCAGGAGCGAGUCUCCAGGUCCCGUCAGCCCGCUCUACACCGAGGUGCUCAGUGAAACGGACCGCGAGGAGGCGAGCCCUGCGCAUGCUCCCCGAGGCGGUGGGGAAGCCUCCACCCCCGAGCCUUUAAAAGUUACUUUUAAACCCCAGGUGAAAGUAGAGGAUGACGAAUCUCUUUUGCUAGAUUUAAAACAGUAAUUCUAAAGAGAAAUUAAAUAUAAUUGUCUCUUUAAUCACCAGUUCUGUUUAAAUAGUGUACUCGUGUACAUGUAUAUGCCAUAUAGGAAAACACGUGUGGUAUGGCUGUUUCAUUUCUUAGGUUUAAAAUCAUAAAGAUAGUACAGAUAAUAAAUACAUUUCCUUGUGACUUCCUGGGGAAUUCUUUCUUUUUUUUUUUUUUUCUCUCUCUCCCCCAGGGCUUAUGCGAUUUUAACAGCUUUUUCUCUUAGGUCACUCUCAUGGCAGCUGUGGAUUUUAAAGUUCCUUUCCCAUGUCCACCAGAAAAAUAGUUUUCCUAGCGAGGGCCAGUUAGGUGCUUGGUAGUCUGCAAAAAAUGAAAGGUAAAUUUAUGGCCAUUUAUUUCCAAGUGGACUUUUGAUUUUUGGUCAAGGCAAAUAUUGUGGCCAAGCUUGAAGGGUGAUAACUCACAUGUGGAUUACAUCCCUAUUUCACAUCCCCUUUUGAUGCUUUUGCAUAAAAACAUUGAAGUUCUGGACUUGAGCACCUGAUUCUGGCAUCACACCUUUGCUUAGAGGGAGCCACUUGGCAGGUCAUCUGCCAACGGGCUCACUGAUAAAAUGGAGAGAGUUCGCCUGUCCUGCCUAUCUCAGAGGACUGUUGUGAAGAUGAAGGAAAUGUUACACAUUCUGGGGGAACAGGAACCAUUUCCAGAGAAAACAAAACUUGUUCUUCAAAAAACAGAAUCAAAAUAAUUACAUCUGAAAAAACCCUGAGCUCCAAGCAGUGAAGACCUAAGUGGGACACACAAUAACGGUGGUCUUCAGAAGCUUUUCUUAGGAUCAGGAAUGAAAAAUAAAUGUUUGGGUGACAUGUUUUUGUCAAGGAGUAAAACCAGACUGUGGGUUUGUGUUGAGUCUGAAGACAUUUCUUGGAAAAUUCUUUUCCAGUUUUUUUCUGAUUCAGAUCUCUGAUGGACUGGAGCAACAGUGUUUUGAGCAGUGUGAAGCUUGCAAAUGUGGCUGUCUUCAAGAGGUCUUUCUAAAGUCACCCCUGGUGCAGUGCUUGGAAAUGACCUCAGAUGUUUCUGAUUUCCAGAGGGAACCCCUCAGGGCCCGUCUAUCCAAAACAGUGUUCUUAGGAGUUCAUCAUAGCUGCUUUUGGAGGAAGCCCAAAUCCAUCCCCUUACUUGUUAGCUGUAGAUCUAGCCAAUCCAGAAGUAGAUAUGAUGGCUAAAGAGAGAAAUGCUCAUUCUGGUUUUGCGCUUGGGUAUGUUUAAAUCUUCUGGUUCGUAGAAGAAAUGAUGGAAUUGUGGAAUUUAAAGAGUUUGAACAACAGUCAGCUUUCAGAUCAGUUUUGGAUGCUUAAAAAUUGUAAUGAACACACAAACAUACAAAUCAGCUUUAAAAUAUUUAUCUCAGUUACUCAGCUAUUUGGGUUUGGGAAUUUGACUCAGAAUCAUUUCCUCUUCACUCUGCAUGAAUACAUAAAAUUGUGAAUUGUUGAUCUCUUCACUAUCUUUUUAUAUUGAAAACUAAAGCGUAUACAACUUUGAACAAUACUUUGAAAGGAAUAAUUUUUUAAAGAUGUUACAGUUUAGAAAGAGCUUGGAUGCUUAAUAACAUAUUUCCUUUAAGCUGUAAUAAAUUUGAAUUUUAAAAAGAA